UUGCUUAUCACCCGCUUAUCUCUAAACCAGACACUCGGGCUUCGAUUCCAAUAAGAAAUUACAUGCAUUUAGCACAAACGUGUUUUCUCAUUAACUGUAUUUUAUUUUAAUUUGAAGCGGACUUUUGCCUGUUUUGAUCUAAGUAAUUAUAUCUGAAAAUGAAAGUCAAAAUUUAUAGUGAAUUAUUGAAGGCGUUUCAAUAAAAUGAGAAUGAGAAAGUAUGUUGGAUAUUUCUGGAGUAGUCAAUGACACGCAGAUGGCUGGAAACAUCGAUGACGUCACUGGCAAGCCGUCUUAUGGAUGGAUAUUUUCAUUAGUCACUGCAUUUGGAUUGCUUCUGUUCCUUGCAAUGUCAUUUACUUUUUAUCACCGUCGUCUGAUGGUAAGAAGGAAGAAAGAAGAAGAGUACAACAGAUUUUUCAGGUUUCUUCGACCUGAUUUGGAUGAGUUCGAGAAAAAGAUAACACGAGCAAGAUCUAUUCUUACCAACACUCACAAUGUAGAUUCAUUUUCUAUUAACAACGAGGUUGAAUAUUACAACGAAGCUUUCGAAGACGGAAGGGACUCGGUGGCUGAUUCUGAAGACAGUGAAGGCGGUACGAAUCUACCAUAUGCCAAAUUGGCUGAGUUGCAAAGCGAAGAAGCAAUAAAGAACGAAAUGGAAGAUCAUGACGUAUAUAUGCGCUCUGUAAAAGCAAGGAAGCAAGUUUUAUUUGCAGAUGUGCACUCAGAAACAACGUUUGGAGAUUCUGACCAUGACGUAAGGAAUGUAGUUGAUAAUGAAAAUGCGACAGAAGGUAUUCGGAAUGAUGAAUGUGAUGAACAACUUGAAGGAGAAGUAGAUAAUAAUGAAAGAGAUGGUUAUAAAGACACAAACACAACGUCGAGAGAAAUCAGAAAAAAUAAUAGUUCACAGAUGCAAGAUAGAGAUUAUGAAACAGUUCGACAGUCUAAUUAUAAAAUAGUUGCUCAGAAACCACCGAUACUAAAACCAGUGAUAGAAAUAAAUACGACAGACGAAUUAUUGAAAAAGAAUACAAUAUUGAAACCAAUUAAACCAAAGAAGAAGAAGCGAAGCUUAUUGAGUCAUGCAUAUAAGAAAAGUGCGACUUCGUUAGAUAUAGGGAACAGAGAUAUAUCUGUGUUUUACAGUGAACCAAGGCGGAGCAGUGAGCCUGGACUUUUUCUGUAUAAUGAAGAGGCGGCAGAUCCCCAAGACGCAAAAUUGUAUGACAACCAGAAUAAAGUUCUGUUCAAUCCGUACUACACUGACAUUGGAAUGCCAAUGAACAAAACUCAAAAGAGACGAAGUUGUACUGCUGAAGAUGAAAACGAAAUAGAUGUGUUCAAAGAAUCUCAUUUGAAACGUGAAAGGACGUUACCCGUUUUAGAUGAGAUAUACGACAAGCAUGUACCAGCAAGCACGUGGAUGUAAAAAAAUGAUUAAAAUAUAUACAAUGAU